CCACAUGACGUCAAUGCGUAUGCAGGCCAAAAGCUCGACGAGCUCUACGACAACAAAAUAUUGGAAUUUCGAGCGCCUUUCUACACACUUGAAAUGGCACCAUCUCGUUGCAUUGAUUGGCGCAUGCCUCAACCUCCGGCCGGUGGUCAGCAUCCGGGAGGUGGUGGAGAAGGUGAUGGAGGAGACGGCUCAGGAUCUGGUGGAGGAGGUGACGGAGGAGACGGCUCAGGAUCUGGUGCUGACAAAGCAGAGCGGAAGAGGUCGGGCGAAGAGGGUUCUGGAGAAAAGCGAUCUGCCGGAAAGUGGUCAGGUGAAACGUUGUCGGAAUCAAAGGGCUCCGAUGGAAAAGGGUCCGGCGGAAAAGGGUCUCGCGGAAAGGGGUCAGCCGGAAAGGGGUCAGGUAGAAAGGGGUCGAGCGGAAAGCGUAGAGUUUUCGGGAGUCACGAGUCUAGGGGAAUUGAAAGCCACUGCGAAGGGAGUCGAGAUUCCUACAUGCGAGACGAGGCCGCUCUGAGGUCUCAUCAAGUGCGAGUAGAUUCGCACUUGUCUGCGAGGACGUUGUUUUGUAAUGUCGAGGAGAGUCCGUGCCCGAGUACGCAGUCGGCGUAUCUUGUGGACAACACCUUACUCAUUCACCUCUUGGAAGAAGGCGAACGUGUGCAGCAUACGGCAACCUCUCUUGAGCAGCAAAACCAUUCGUUACCAGGAACUGCGUCUUCGUUUUGCCUGGAUGCCGGGAUGCCCGCAUUGCGAAGGAGCGAAGGUGUCAGCGCCAAGCAAGAGUACAGCAACUCCGUGGGAAGAGGAACUCUCACAGGAAACGCAUGUUGUGCAGUGGGAAGAGGAGACUCAACACUGGCCGCCUCGCAUAGUGCUGGAGGGCUCGAUGCAGGAGUGUUGGAGACCGGGGCUAGUGAGCAUCAAUGUCGUGCUUCGGGGGGUGCGUCCGUCGAUUUUGAGAGCAAGAGUACAACAGCUCCGUGGGAAGUCGAGCUCUCACAGGAAGCGUAUGUUGUGCAGCGGGAAGAGGAGACACAACACUGGCAGCCUCACAAAUUGUUUGAGGGGCUCGAUGCAGGAGUGUUGGAGACUGGGGCUAGCCAGCAUCACUAUCAUGCUUCGGAGGGUGCGAAUGUCGAUUUUGAGAGCAAGAGUACAGCAGCUCCGGGGGAAGUUGAGCUCUCACAGGAAGCACAUGUUGUGCAACGGGAAGAGGAGACUCAGCACUGGCAGCCUCGCAAAGUGUUUGAGGGGCUCGAUGCAGGAGUGUCGGAGACCGGGGCUAGCCAGCAUCACUAUCAUGCUUCAGAGGGUGCUUCUGUUGAUUUUGAGAGCAAGACUACAGCAACUCCGGGGGAAGAGGAGCUCUCACAAGAAGCGCAUGUUGUGCAGCGGGUUGAGAAGCUUCUCUAGGGCUCAUCGGGAUAUACCAUCAACAUUGGGGACACCGAAGAGGUUAUGCACAGUGGGUCGCCACUAACGAC